CCCACGACUCACGCACGUCAACAGCCUCACCCAAUGAGAGCCGAGCCAGGGAAAAAGGGCGCCCGGGUCCGGAUGCGCCUUAGGAAAGCCAUGCUCACGCCGAGUGGGCAGCCGGCAGUCCACUCAGACCUCGGGACCUCACGCUUCCCCGCGCUCGCCUCGCUCCUCUCCCUUAAGCCUAGUUCCAUGUCUUUCUUCCGCGGCCCCUCGCAAGAUGCUGCGACGCGUUUUUGAGUGGAGGGCGCCGGGAACUGAGUAGGGGGCGGGAUAUCCUGAGACAACAAGUUUGGCUGUAUGAAGGGCCUGCCGGCAGCAAACCGCAGCUAGCUCACCGAGAGGGCACGCGCCGCGGGCCGAGAAGGCAGAAGCCGAACAGCAGCGAGCACCAGCCGAGCAAAGGGGAGGAGAAAGGGCGGCCCCAGCGCCCCGGCCCCGGCAGGUCGGCGGCCAAUCCGCUGGGGGAAGGGGUGGAGAGUCGGCGGCGCCGGCGGAGGCAGGCCGAGGGGUGUGGGGAGUCGCCGCGCUCGCGCCGCCCUGGCUCCGCCCCCGGCCCGCGCCGCCGCCCUCGCCGCGCGCCGCCGCUGUCAAUCAAGGGCGAGUCAGCCGGGCUCGGGCGGAGAGAGGAGCUGCUACGCCACAGCCCAGCGGCGGCCAUUCGCGGAAAAAGAGGCAGAGCCUGUGCCAGCUACAGCCUCCUCCGAGCCACCGCGGGCGGGCGGGACCGGCCUCUCCUCCCGCCUCGCCCCCACCCCCACCCACCUCUAUCCCAGUGUCUCUGAGAGGGUUUGUCCUGUUAAUGCGGGAUGAGCGAAGAAGGAGGAGGAGGAGGAGGCGGCAGCGGCAAUGGCUACAGAAGGAGGGAAAACCUCUGAGCCAGAGAAUAACAAUAAAAAACCCAAAACCUCAGGCUCCCAGGACUCUCAGCCCUCUCCUCUGGCUUUACUGGCAGCUACUUGCAGCAAAAUAGGGACUCCUGGUGAAAAUCAAGCAACUGGACAACAGCAGAUUAUUAUAGAUCCAAGCCAAGGAUUGGUGCAACUUCAGAAUCAACCACAGCAGCUAGAACUGGUGACAACGCAGCUUGCUGGAAACGCUUGGCAACUUGUUGCCUCCACUCCUCCUGCUUCAAAAGAAAAUAACGUUUCUCAGCCAGCUUCUAGUUCAUCUAGUUCUUCCAGCAGUAAUAACGGGAGUUCCUCUCCUACAAAAACUAAAUCAGGUAAUCCUUCCACCCCUAAUCAAUUUCAAGUCAUACAAGUACAGAAUCCAAGUGGUAGUGUACAGUACCAAGUGAUCCCCCAACUUCAGACGGUGGAAGGUCAGCAAAUUCAAAUCAAUCCAACUAGUAGUUCAUCUCUACAGGAUUUGCAGGGUCAAAUUCAACUCAUUUCUGCAGGUAAUAAUCAAGCUAUCCUCACGGCUGCUAACAGGACAGCUUCUGGGAAUAUCCUUGCUCAAAACCUGGCAAAUCAGACAGUUCCGGUACAAAUUAGACCUGGUGUUUCAAUACCAUUGCAAUUGCAGACCCUUCCUGGUACUCAGGCUCAAGUUGUAACAACCCUACCAAUUAACAUUGGAGGAGUGACUUUAGCUUUGCCAGUAAUAAAUAACGUGACUGCUGGAGGAGGGACUGGACAAGUUGGCCAGCCUACUACUACUACUACUGAUAGUGGGACUUCCAAUGGAAAUCAGUUAGUGUCUACGCCCACCACCAGCACUGCUCCCGCCAGUACUAUGCCUGAAUCACCCUCUUCCUCUACUACCUGCACAACUACUGCAUCAACAUCUCUGACGAGCAGUGACACAUUAGUGAGCUCAGCAGAUACGGGCCAGUAUGCAAGCACAUCAGCCAGUAGUUCUGAACGCACCAUUGAAGAACCACAGACACCUGCUGCUACUGAGUCUGAGGCCCAGAGCUCCAGUCAGCUUCAGUCCAAUGGGAUACAGAAUGCACAGGAUCAGUCAAAUUCUCUUCAGCAAGUACAGAUUGUAGGCCAGCCUAUCCUGCAGCAAAUCCAGAUCCAGCAGCCUCAGCAGCAGAUUAUUCAAGCUAUCCCGCCACAGUCAUUUCAACUCCAGUCAGGGCAGACAAUUCAGACCAUCCAGCAGCAGCCUUUGCAGAACGUUCAACUUCAAGCAGUAAACCCGACUCAGGUGCUUAUCAGGGCUCCAACUUUAACACCUUCAGGGCAAAUCAGCUGGCAAACUGUCCAGGUCCAGAAUAUUCAGAGUCUUUCAAAUUUGCAAGUUCAGAACGCUGGGUUAUCCCAGCAGUUAACCAUCACCCCAGUGUCUUCAAGCGGUGGCACAACUCUUGCUCAGAUUGCUCCUGUGGCUGUUGCUGGUGCCCCAAUAACAUUGAAUACUGCCCAGCUUGCAUCAGUGCCUAACCUUCAGACAGUGAGCGUUGCCAACCUGGGUGCUGCGGGUGUUCAAGUUCAGGGAGUUCCAGUAACAAUCACUAGUGUUGCAGGUCAGCAGCAAGGACAGGAUGGAGUGAAAGUCCAGCAAGCUACUAUAGCUCCUGUAACGGUGGCAGUUGGAGGGAUCGCUAAUGCGACAAUAGGUGCUGUUAGUCCUGACCAACUCACACAAGUGCAUUUGCAGCAAGGCCAGCAGACCUCUGAUGCCGAGGUGCAACCUGGCAAGAGGCUUCGAAGAGUUGCCUGCUCGUGUCCUAACUGUAGGGAAGGAGAAGGAAGGGGCAGCAGUGAACCAGGAAAGAAAAAGCAGCAUGUUUGCCACAUUGAAGGGUGUGGGAAAGUGUAUGGCAAGACUUCUCACCUACGAGCACAUCUCCGCUGGCACACUGGAGAACGGCCUUUCAUAUGCAACUGGAUGUUUUGUGGCAAAAGAUUCACCAGGAGUGAUGAGCUUCAGAGGCACAGAAGGACCCACACAGGUGAAAAGAGAUUUGAAUGUCCAGAAUGUUCUAAAAGGUUUAUGCGGAGUGAUCACCUUUCCAAGCAUGUCAAAACUCACCAGAAUAAGAAAGGAGGUGGGACAGCUCUUGCCAUUGUCACCUCCGGAGAACUGGACUCAUCCGUUACAGAGGUGCUUGGCUCUCCACGGAUUGUCACAGUUGCCGCCAUUUCUCAAGAUUCGAAUCCAGCAACUCCCAAUGUUUCAACAAACAUGGAAGAAUUCUGAAACGCUAUUUAUAACAAAGACCUCUAGUGCUGCACUAAGUUUACACCUUUGAAAAUCUGGAAAUGGGCUGGUCAAGUGAGUUACAGAGUAGGAAAUCACGUUUGCAUCCUUGGCAUCUUUAAGUAUUCCAUGGAUUAUGGUUCAACACAUAAAGUGUUGAAUUUUUAAAAAAUAGAAAAGGAAAACCAAUAUACUGGAAACAGAAAAGUAUUUCUUCCAUGGUAUAAGUUGCUGUAGUUUUUUGGAAAUACAUCACAUAACCUUUAAACAGAAUCUUCCCUCCUUUAACAUCCUGUGUUGUUGACGCGUCUAAAGAGACAGACCACACUAAUUUGCAGGCUGGGCCUUAAUUGGACUUUCUCUGUUUGGAAGAACUUUGUUAAAAUUUUAGUCAGUAAUAACUUACAUACAUUUCUUCUACUGUCUAGCACAGAAAACAGAUUGUUAUCUGACAAUAGGGAUAAUACUGUGUUUCUUUAGCUUGGUUUUUUGGAAAAACCUAUUCAAAAUAGUUUUGGCCGUCUUUUCUAAAUAUCAAAAAUUCUUUAAAAGUUGAAUUAGAAUAUGUUCCAAAAUAGUAAUCUGAGCUGUGUCUCAGAUCUUUAUUACACUACAUUGUAGUAGUGUGUGUGCAGACAAUCAGUGAAACCCGAUUAUUUUCUCCAUCUUGGAGACACAAGAGGACCUUAGAGCUAAAUCUUAGGUUAAACUUUAGAUUGAAACCUUAGGAAAACGCUGGGGAAAAUUUGCUAGCACAGAAUGGAUGGAAGCCUCAGAAAGGCAAGACAAAGCAGUUUAACAAUAUUUUUAAGUUAGGGUUGACUGUGUGCCUAACCCUGUGUUCAAUAGCAAAAUUUCAUUUUAAAUGUUCAUAUUGGAAAUGCUUGCAUAGAUGAUAGAUCUAUGUAAUUUCAUAUUCUGUAAAUAUGAGUUUUGUUGACAAUAAGCAAGAUUCUUUAUGCUUUGGUAGCCAAAGAAAGAAUUGUCAUACUUUUCAAGGCCAGCAGAAAAUUAUUUUUAAUUACAUUAUCACCUUUUUUCCUUUACUAAAAAUUGGCAAAUCCCAUAUUAUUUCUAGUACUGUGUUAGGCUAAUUAGGAACAUAUAUCAUACAGUGAUAUCUUUAUGUUACGUCAAUAACAGAAUUUUCCCUAAAGGUCUAGACAGCUUAACAAAUGUAUAAUAAAUAAAAUAUUAUGAAGCAAAAAUUAUUUUUGGAAAACCAGAAUACUUUUCAGUCAAAUACUGACUGAAAAUAUAUUUCAUUGUUCGUGCAAGGGUCUUAGAGAGCGGUGUCUUAUUAGGAAAGAUGGCCAAACGUUUCAUGUGAAAAGCAAUUGGAUUAUUCUAAUAGAUUAGACAUUAGUAAGACACCUCAUGUUUUUAGAACGUAUUUACACAGAAUCAUAACUAUUGAAACAGACCAUUUGGAAACUAAAGUUUUUACCUACUUCCUUUUUUACCUUCAUUGGUUCGAAUAUAGGUAUAUGUUUUCUUGUGCAUUCUUUAUUAUUUCAGGAAAAGUACUACUCAUGAGAAUUCUCUUCCAAAAUUGUGAUGUUUCAUGUACUUUUGAUGAAGGAGAAAUACUGUAAUGAUCACUGUUUACACUAUGUACACUUUAGGCCAGCCCUUUGUAGCGUUAUAUAAAACUGAAGGCCUUUUGUGCUUUCGGUUUGUAUAAAAAAGCUUUGAGAUUAAAGGAAAAAAUUUUUACACUGUGGUUAUAAAUUUCAAGUUUCUUAAAGCUUUUGUAGACUUGUAACAAAGUCUUUAAAUUUUAGUUGGAUUUUGUAAAUUGUUUUGUAUAUUUUAUUUAAUGUACUCUUAACAGCUGAUGGAUCUGGCUUUAAAACAUCAGAAUCAGUUUGUUGUUUUGUCUGGUACAGAGAAGCAUUUGGUAAUGUUGAUUUUAAUUUUAUUAUAUAGGAGCUGAAACAUCAAAUAUAUUUUAUCUAUCAUGCUACACAAUCAGUGCUAUCAAUUUUUUUAUGCAAAGAGACUUUCUCAAUGUUUUAAUCGUGUUUUCUUCGAGUGAUACUUUUUGUUGUUUGCACCAAGUAUGAGCGCUCUGCAUCACUGUUCCACGAGCCAGUUUUAUGCAACCCACGUACGCUCAUCAGAAGUGCAAGUUGUCCUCAUCAGCAAUGAGGUCUACUGUACAUGUAUCAGACUGAAUCUGGAUAACCUUCUAUCAUAUAAAACAACCUGUCAGCAGGCACAUUUCACCACUGGAAUCAGACCUAUUUUGGCAGUCUGUUCUGCAUACCAUUCUGAAUCCACCUUCCUUUCUGUCUGACAGCAGUCGUAGGUUUCGGUGUCCUGUGUUUGACUCAGUGGGGUGUAGCCGUGGUAGGCCGCAGAUGCGCAGUACAGUCUCGCGAAGGGCAUUUCGCUGCUCACUCCCCUGGCCACCAUUAUAAAGCUUUUCUUUGUAAAAUUAUCAGUGUGAAGCUCUGUAUUUACCAUGGUAGAACUCCAGUGUUAGAAUAGUUUUCUCUUACAGUAUACUUUCUUUGGUUAGGUUUGUGUAUGUGUUGCUGAUUACAUUAGAAGCUGAUGUUAAGUCAUUAUUUAUCACACUCAUGAGAGCAGUAAUAAACGUGUGUAAUCUAGGAGAAAAAGUUAAUUUGUCAAACUUAGAUAAGCAUGAUGUUUAGGUCCUAUUUUUCAAUUUUAUAACUGUUUUAUUGCAACAAUAUUUGUACUUAAGUCUCCAUUUUAAUGCCUUGUGGUGUUUUUUUAUGCAUGUCACUAAGUUGUCACCCCACAUAAAUUGAUGUACAGCAUAGGGUAUUAAAUCUACAUAAUGAUUUUAAAACAGAAAUAGUUGAUGGUAAAUUGUAAAUGUUUUGCAAAAAUUCCUUAUAAAAAGUUUCGUAGUAACAUUUCACUUGUAAAUUUUUUGUAAAAAAGAAAAUGGAUUUAAAAAAAGAUGAAUCCAGAAAAAAAAAAAAAACAUGUUUUCCCAUAUUCUAGAAUUUAGACAAUUAUUCUGCCAGCAAAGCCUCUGGGGCUGUAAUUGACAUUUUUACAGUGCUGAUUUGUAUAAAAUUUGUUUUUUGUGGAUUUGGAAAUAAAAUCAUGUACAAGUUGUUGCCUGCAGUAACAAUUGCAAGUAACCUAUUAAAGUCCCCUUGGGUUGAACAUGCCUCAUUUAAUUAUGUAUACUAUAGAGCAAUAAAGUGUUUAAACUACCAACCUUCUCAUCACAGUGAACACUGAAAAUUUAAAUACCUCUCACUAGAACGUUUAUUGGCAACCCUUCUUAAUCCCGGUUUUAAGAUCUGAUCAACUUGCCUCUGAAAAUACCGCCAAAGAACACCAGUUUAAAUUGCAUGUUAAUUUGUGACCAAUUGCUGUAGACGUCUGUGGAAAUUAAAUUUUGAUUUAGAGACACCUUAUUUAAAUAAUUUUAAUAAAUGUUAGGAGAUAGUCAAAAAAUGAGAGACAAAAUUUAAAUAAUAUUUAAGUUCACAGCGAAUAUUUAGGUUCACUUAGAAGCAGUGUAGGCCUCCUAGGUGUGGAAGAAUUGUCUUCCUUCUGGGAGAGAUUUGCAUGUCUCUGAGAAACCCUUACUGCCGUGAGAAUCCACUCCAGUAUGACUUGAAUGGACACAUUUCUAGGUGUGCAUGGACAGCAGAGCUGUAGGGAGAGCUGCAGGAUGUCAGGCACAGAGGAAAGUGAGCUGCCCACACGCUUCCAACUAGUGUUUAAACAUGGAGUAGGUAGGGUAGUGUACUGUCUGGAUACAUAGCUUGUAUGACAUAGUGUAAGGGCAUGGUUCUAAUUCGUUGUACAUACAUACAUAGCAUAACAGUGAUCAAAAACAAGAGGCAGUUAAAUUUAUGCUCCUCUAUCAAGUAACAUCUUUGUCAAAAGCUUUCAUGUCAAAAGUAAAGGUACCCAUUGUGACCAGGACUGCUUAAUUAUGCCUGAUUCAUAUUCCCCUGAGUUCUUUACUUAAGCCCAAAGCUCAUGUUGCUACCCCAAAGAUAAACUUGGGGUGGGGAGGGGGGAUCCUUGACCUCUUUAUCUGUUCCUCCUACCAGUGACCACCAAUUAAAUUUCUACUUUUUAAUCCUUCCCAAAACACAUACCUGUUCCAAUUUCCUUAAAGAUUGACAUAUGUGCUUAUCAGGAUGACACUGCAUGAAAAGAUAAUGAAAUUUAAAACCUGAAACUUUCACUUUUAACUCCGUGAUGCUCUGGUUUCUAAGCUAGGGAUUGAACCACAUGAAUAAGACUGAGACAUAAAGUAGGAUCGCUGACAUGAAACCGUUCAGUGUGGAGUGAAAGCAGGGGUUAGAGCCACUGUUGUCAUAGCCGUGGUUCACCAUGUCUUGUUAAAGACAACCCCGAAGUCAGAAAACUCAUGUUUGAUACAACUUUUCUCUGUUUAAAGUUCAGGUGUAAGAUAUAGGGGUACUGGGACUUCAGAUGCCAGUAAGCAAUGUGGGGUUCUUUGAUUCCUCAGUGAUUGAUUGAUUGUCUGUGCUGUGAUGUGCAUAGUGUAUGAUUGUGUUGCAGGAUUUUAAAGGCAUUGUCUAAGAUUCUCUGGUUGGUAUAGCCUUGGGUUCUGCUUCUCUUAGUUGCAAUGAAAUAAUUUAUUUUUUUGGAUGCCUGAGCAAGAAGAUCUCAAGUGGAAGGGAGCAAGGAGAGAAGGGGGAAAGGAAAGAGCACAAAGGGCUGUUGGUAAUGCGGAGUUAUCUCUCCAUGGUGAUAGCACUUGGGAAAAAGGAGCCGGUGUUCGAGCUGGGCUCCUGAUUUAGUUGUUGCUGAGCUAUUUAGUCUCACUGCACUGUGUGCUUAUUUGCACAAUUAUAAUUGACACUGUAGUAAGUACACCCAGCAUCUGGUAAGCAGUAGCAUACACAGUAGCUAACCCAGAGGGGAUUACUUCAUUCAUGAGACUGUGCCAAAACAGCAUAAGCUGGAUGGCUUGUAGACAAUAGGACUAAGUCCAAAGUCACAGUUCAGUGUCCCCUGACAACACAUGUUCCCUCACAUCAUAGAAGGAUGAGGUGGCUUUCUGAGGGCCUUUUUGUUUUUCUUGGAUCAUUAAUACCAUUUCAGGAGGAUGCCAUAUUUAUGAUCUUACUGCUUCUUAGAGGCCCCACCUCCUCUGCUGUGUUGGUAAUUGGAUUUCAACAUGAUGGAUCUGGAGAGACAAACCAUCAGACCCAGCAGGAGGCAUUGAAUAGUUCCCAACAAGAUUACUGGUGAAAUGCUUGGGAAAGGAGCUUGGAAAAGCUGGCUCUCUAAAUUACAUCAAAGGAACUUCUGUGAGAAUUUCCCAUUUCAAGCGUGUUUUUUUCUCAAGCCGAGCUAGUUUGAGGUACUGUACCUCAAAAACUACACGAUGGCAUGACUCACUGGGAACAAGACUGAAGAUAAUGAACGCACAUCAAGAUUGUGCAGGGCAAGGAAGGAAGCCCAGGUUUCGAGACAGCUGAGAAGGCUCACCCUGUUGCGGUGAUCAGACACCAGCAAGGGAUGGGAGACAGGUGCCUCAAGCAACAGUUCAUCUUUGCAUCCUACCUUUCUAGGUAGUUGGCUUGGUUUAAAGUGUGUUAUUUAUGGUCCUGCUGUGAAACGCAGUCUAAUAAAUAUUUUAUUUAUAGUAUUUUUGUGAUGUGGAAGCUAUAAUAAAGUUAUAUUUUCUGCUGAUAAAA